AUGAUAUGGAAAUUCGAGGAGGGAAAAUUGCUUUUUGUCAAUCUGUCAAGAGUGGAUCACUUAAAAAGCUGUCACAAUAAUCGCGAUGCAGGGCUCAGCACCUAUCUAUCUAUUUAUCUAUCUAUCUAUCUUCAUAGCUCAGCACCUAUCUAUCUAUCUAUCUAUCUAUCUAUCUAUCUAUCUAUCUAUCUAUCUAUCUAUCUAUCUAUCUUCAUAGCUCGGCAUCUAUCUAUCUAUCUAUCUAUCUAUCUAUCUAUCUAUCUUCAUAGCUCGGCAUCUAUCUAUCUAUCUAUCUAUAUCUAUCUAUCUAUCUAUCUAUCUAUCUUCAUAUCUCAGCAUCUAUCUAUCUAUCUAUCUAUCUUUUGUGAUCGACACUUUAUUCCUAUCUAUCUAUCUAUCUAUCUAUCUAUCUAUCUCAAAGAAGUCGUAUCUAUCAAUUUUUCUCUCCAUACAUAUAUCUCUAUCAAUUUCUUUUAA